GAGCUGCCCGCCUUCCGCCUCGCCUUCGCCCGGCGGGCGCUGGGCUCGACGUGGCUGCUGGAGAAGCUGUACGGCACCACCUCCUUGUCGCCGGUGGGCGUCCUCCUGGACCCGAGCGAGGAGGUCCAAGUGCGCGUCGCGGCGGCGAGGUUGGUGCUGCACUUCCUGACGCAG